AUGGAUACCAAUCGCAUGCUGUUCUACAUUGUACCGAUAAUACUGGUUUUGGCUCAUACAUCUCAGUCUGAAGGGCUGUCAGUUGAUGGUUGUUAUGAAUUCGAAUUAUUGGCCUUAUUCUAUAAUUCCACGAACAACCGUAAUCAGAGAACCGAGUUGUGUUUUGCAUCCUGCAAAAAGGUCGGCCGUUACACUUACGCUGGUGUACUUACCAAUGGCACUGAUGAUUGCGAGCUGUGGUGUUUCUGCGGAAUUAAUGCUAGCUCAAACUACACUAGCACUUUGACUGGGCCUGGACAUACCGAGGAAUGCCCGUGCUCUGAAAACAGGAUUGUCUGUAGCAAGUCCGGAACAAUUUCUGUUUUUGAUCUUCUUCCUGGUCCGCAACAGACGACUGAAAAGUCAACUAGCGUGAUGACAAUUUCAACGACUUCUGCUGGGCAACAGUCAACGAUAACUCAGCAUGAACCUACACCGCCCUUUAUCACCGAGAAAGGAGUGACGGCCGCGGUCCUAGGAACUCUAUGUGGAAUCCUGCUCAUCUAUAGUGUUAUAGUUUCUUUGUUGCUUUACUUAUCAAGACGAGCUCGACGAUCCUUGAGGAACUCUAAAGAACCCACUGCUGCUAAGCAGAAACCAUACACCGGUCUUGAUCGGACGAAUCCGGAACGCAAUUCCUAUCAAGGCAUAUACCUGAGCCCGAACGGAGAAGGAGAUCAAUGCCCGAAUUCCGUCCAAACUCAUUCCUACCAAGAGAUCGUAACUCCUUGCUCCUCCUACCGAAAUGACGCGGUGGGGCAAGUGCGCGGACGACAGGCGGCGAAUGAAGCAGGGAGAAGUGCCCCCGACGAUCCUGGUGACGAGAAUUACGUCAUACCUAGCUGAACUCUAAAAAUAUCCGUCAUGUAAGGAACCCGGAAAAUUGAUUCGGGCGUUAUUUUCUCAUAGAUACAGGGUUUUGAUUACGAUCGCAGUUUGAUUGUAGGGUAGGUGUAGGUUAAGGAAUAGAUUACAGUUUGGUAUAGUGUUUGAUACAAGGUUAAAGUUAUGAAUAUAGCUAGUGUAUAGGAACACGACUGCGGAGU